AUGGAGAACCUGCUCCUAGCAAGCAUCCUUCAGUUCAUGAAGCAACAAGCCGAUGAGCAGAAAGGGGCAAAUAAAGCAUUAAAUAACUUCACCUUACAGAUUAGUGCCUCAAAUAAAGCAUUAAGUGAAGCAUUAAGUGAUAAAUUGAAUAAUUCAAAUAAAGCAUUAAGUGAUAAAUUGAACGUGUCAAAUAAAGCAUUAAAUGAAGCUUUGAGCAACUCAACUAACGAGUUGCGAGAUGAUAUAACAAUUAAAUUGGACGAGCAAAUAAGAGCAGUGAAUACACGAUUUGACGAACAAGAACGCCUAGAAGCGUUAGAAACCAGAGUCGAAACAGCAGCUGUUGGAAACCAAGCACUAGUUGACUACAUGUUAAAGGAGAUACAGUCGGUACAAACCGAAGUGAGUGAGGCCACGGGCAAACUUGAAAAUCGUGUGAUGGUGUUCGAAACCGAACUGUUCUCGCGAGAAAUCGUCAUUCCUCCGGAGUCGCAAAUGAGGGAAGUCCUAGAAGACGUCUGCAAGGAGCAGAGAGAAUCUGUUGCUCGUUUGCUGAACCAGGACCAAGCAGUAAUACAAACAAUGCUAGAGAAGGACCUACCCUGGGUAAAAAAAGAACUGCACCCCCUCAACGCCAGCAUCUCUGACUACCCUUACCAGGCGUCGCUGCUGCGCGGUGGCUCCCAUCACUGCGGAGCCUCCAUCAUCAGCGAGACUUGGACUCUCACCGCUGCCCACUACGUCGAGUUCGUGCCCGCAAGCGAGCUGGGCAUUGGAGCUGAGACGACGACGCGUGACAGUGGCGGCACAGUUCACAGUGCGCUCUCUGUUACGUGGCACAAGAGUUACCUUUACUACGCCUAUGACUACGACAUCGCAGUAGUGCAGAUCUCUGACUCCUUUCCUCUGGGAGCCAACGUCCAGGUGGUGAACCUCGCCGCCGCAGACUACGACCCACCUGGCGGCCUCGUUGCCACGCUGACCGUCUGGGGCUCGGUGCAGUUCAACGGCGACGAGGCGGACACCCUGAAGUAG